CUGUAAACAGCAUUGUUUACAUCGCUUUCAACGCAGCCUACAUUCACUCUUGCUCCCCUAAAGUUAGUUUUAGUUUUUUCUCAUAUUGCUUAAAAAAGGCUUCAGCUCCACGCAAAUAGUUGCUUUGUUUGUAGUGUUUUUUAUCUGCUAGCAUUGGGUAUGUAGUGCUAAAUUGCCACCAUCCUCGAAUUUGCAUCGCUGCUCUAAAUGAAAGAUGGAUGGCUCCCAAGAGGAACUCAAUUUAGAGUUUAAUAUCAUCGAUAACAUCAUUGAAUCAGCUGUGGGCGAUCUGCUGCUGAAGGACAAUAAUAGCGUCCACUAUGAGUACAGUGCGCCUUUGCCACUGCUUCUACCAUUGUGUCGCUUUUGUGCAUGUGAAAACACUCAAAUGAUGCAUAUAUCCGAUGUGCAUCAGCAAAUAAUUAACGAUCUGCGAAUACCCGGAAUACACGAGACAAGCGUGUGCACCAACAUCUGUGGCAGCUGCAACCGGUUUCUGGAGGAAUUUUGCAAAUUUCGUUCCGUUUGCGAGGAGGGCCAGAAGCGUUUGGCGACACUGUUGUCCGGUCGACACGUCGUAUCGAACUAUUUGAAACCGGAAUUCACUAAAAGAGACUUGCUGCCUGCGCAGCUGAAUGAACCGUUCGAUCAUAACAUCCGAUCGGAGCUCAUGUUAAACUCCGUCGAAAUUGUUCAAACCUCCGCAUAUGAUGCGUCGGAAGCGGUAAAGGAUGCUGUAAAUUUGGAUACAACUUGUAAACUAUCGCCUUCUGUAGAGGACACAUCUCCUAUUACGUUACACAUAGCUGUGAUAGAACAACCGGACAUUUCUGAACAAACAAAUGGGGAGCCGGAACAUUCGAUAAAUCAGGAAACAGGAGUUGAAUCAAACCACUCAUCUGAAUGCGGUUCCGAGUUGCAAGAAACGCACGAAUCUAACCAUGUCCAAAUAUGUGAAGAAACCAACUUGAGCGAGUAUUUUGAAAACGUGGAAAACAUCAACAAUGCCCAACGGUUCGAUGCUGUGAUAGAGGAAAAGUCGAACGACACGAUCGUGAAUCGAAAAAGAUCACAAAAAACCGAAGCUCGCCGCCGCGUUGUGGACGGGCGGCUGGAAUGGGUCUGCCUAGACUGCGAGCAGGUGUUUCCCAGCUGCCUUCAGCUAAAGAAGCAUCGACGAAACUGUGAACUGGUGGGUAGCAAAACGUCCAAACGCUUCGCAACACUUGGCUGUGAUAUUUGUGGCGAAACCAUGUCCACGGAAUCGGCGCUGACUAUGCACAAGCGCAAGCAUGAAACGAAGGUAAAACGUCCGCCCGCAUUAAAACCCCUUCCCUCUCCCAAUUUGGAACCCAUCUUUUGCGAUGUGUGUGGUCACGCGAGCAAAUCGAAACGCGCGCUUCGGCUGCAUCGAAUUACCCACAGCAACGACAAGCAGGUGGAGUGUCAUGUUUGCGGCAAACGGUUCAAGCGACGCCGCACACUCCGCAUCCAUCUGGAAGGCCACUCGGGACAAAAGUACGAAUGUGAAGUGUGUGGCAAACAAUUCCUAACCACCGUCACCCUACGGAACCACGCAAAAACGCACAGGAACAGUGAUGCAAUGCACGAAUGCACCGUGUGCCAGCGACCGUUUGCGCAUCCGAAUCAGCUACAGAAACACAUGAUGACGCAUACGGGCGAGUAUCCUUACGUGUGCGAAAUUUGCAAUGCAAUGUUUCGCACACUCGGGCGGUACAAUCGGCAUAUGCAGAGGGGACACGUGCUGCCAGAGAGCUUGAAUGUAAUCGAGCAGACAGAGACGAACAGUUGGGACGAUUUGAUCGAGUACCAGCCGGAGUCAAUGCUGAGUGACACGUUGGACGAGACACGGUCGGAAGUGAUGCUGGGGAUGGGCGAGUCAUCGAGCGACACGUCCUUGCCGGAUGUGCUAAGCAACUAUGCAUCGGAUCAUCAGCCGUUCGAUCAAGCUCCGGGAGAGUUUGCAGUGCAACGCGUUGAGCCGAUUUAUGCCUUCAUCGAUUGCAACUAAUCAUUUGCAAGUGUAUCGGCAAGUAUCGGCGAAAAGACCUAAAUGAACGCUAGUAAAAACCUAAUUACUCUGUGGUCGGUGAUAUAAUGGAUAAUAACUGUAGAAACUACACGAUUGCGAUCAUCGAAGAUCAAUUAGUUAAUGUUCUUCGAAAUCAAAAGCGAGAGGGAAAAAGGGGUUAUUGAUAGUUAUACGAUGUUAAAAGGGAGAUUGUUUCUUUAUACCAAUUUCCUGUCAAGUUUUCAAACAUUCACAUUAGUGUAAAAGGAAAAACGUGUUUCACUUUUUGUUUAAAAUGAUACAUUUCGUCAGUGGUUUUAUUAGUUUCUUUUAAAACAGACACUAUAAUUUAUGUACAAAAUCAAAUAAAAUUAUGCCCUUAUGAAAACACAAUGAAAACAAUGAUCCGUCUGUUUUGCCUUUUUAGCAAAUCUUAUACAGCUUUCGAAAAUGCUCCAAAUAACUUAAGCCUAAUGAGAUUUUUCUUUCAAAGUGUGUUGUUCCUUUGUCCUAUAUAACCUUUUUGUUUCGUUUUUGUUUCUGUAUCGCUGUGUUUUUCUCGUUCUUCUGUUGUUAGUAACUCGGUGCCACGGCACUAUCUUUUGAUUGAAAAAAAUGGUGAGCUUUACAUUUAUACGGUGAUAGAUUUACUGUUUUGCUAGAGAUUCUUUCAUAGUUUAACAUUCGUUUGUAGCAUUUGUGGUGUAACAGUGUUGCUCUGUUGUGAAGGAGUUCGGGGUCGAUUCGUUAUUUGAAGUUCCGAGCAGCCGCCGAAGUGUGAAGGCUGUUUUAAAAGCUUUACUGUUCGGGUUUUGUGUCGUUUGCUAUCCAUGCCUAUCAGAAAUACACACAUAGAGAACAGGUUUCGUGUACUUAUGAUAAGUUAUGUAGUGUUAUCUUGACACUCUCUCACUUAGCGAUACUUAAAGUUUAUCCAUUCACAUGCAGUUAUGCCUUAUCCCUGGCUUGGCAAAGGGCGCUAUCAAUCGCUCCUUUCACCAUUUAUAGUGGUAGUUUGCCUUAGUCCCAAAAGUCGAUCCAUGUACAGAGCGUGUAAUGAUACAUUUAUAGCAUCCAUCAUCCCGUUCCUCUUCCCAUCCUAUGUACACCGUCAUCCUUCCUGUGCGUAUG